AUGGGCUCCGUGCCUGUGGCGCAGCCGGCUCAGGGCUGGCCCAGCGGAGCCACCAGCUCCUGCCCAACCUGUUCCCAGCAGCCCAACAAGCUCGGGCAGGACCUGCCUGGCCUGGCGGUGCGGGGCUCGUGCCAUGGGGCGCUGUGCCCUGGGCAGCGGGAAGGACACGAGCCCCCCAUGCUGAGCGACAGUGACAGUGAGGGCGAGAACCCCGAGAAGAAGAAGCUGCAGGAGCAGCUGAUGGGGAACAAAGCCACCGAGGAGGACAAGGCCAAGAACUACGAGGAGGCGCUGCGGCUGUACCAGCACGCCGUGGAGUACUUCCUCCACGCCAUCAAAUAUGAGGCUCACAGUGACAAGGCGAAGGAGAGCAUCCGAGCCAAGUGCAUGCAGUACCUGGACCGGGCGGAGAAGCUGAAGGAGUACCUGCGCAGCAAGGACAAGCAGGGCAAGAAGCCAGUCAAAGAGUCCCAGAAUGACAACAAGGGGUGCGUGGGGCUGCGAGGGGGUAUGGUGCCAGCCUCCAUGGGGCUGCAUGAGCAGAGCCCCCUCCUUGCAGGUGCCAUCAUGAUGGAGAAGCCCAACGUGCGGUGGAGUGACGUGGCCGGCCUGGAGGGAGCCAAGGAAGCCCUGAAGGAAGCUGUGAUCCUGCCCAUCAAGUUCCCACACUUGUUCACCGGGAAGCGCACGCCCUGGCGAGGGAUCCUGCUCUUCGGGCCCCCCGGCACUGGCAAGUCCUACUUGGCCAAGGCUGUGGCCACCGAGGCCAACAACUCCACCUUCUUCUCCGUGUCCUCCUCGGACCUGAUGUCGAAGUGGCUGGGAGAGAGCGAGAAGCUGGUGAAGAACCUCUUUGAGCUGGCGAGGCAGCACAAGCCCUCCAUCAUCUUCAUCGACGAGGUGGACUCGCUGUGCGGCUCCCGCAAUGAGAACGAGAGCGAGGCGGCCCGGCGCAUCAAGACAGAGUUCCUGGUGCAGAUGCAGGUCGGCUACCCGGGGACCGACAUCAGCAUCAUCGUGCGGGACGCCCUGAUGCAGCCCGUCCGCAAGGUGCAGUCGGCCACGCACUUCAAGAAGGUCCGCGGUCCCUCCCGCAGUCCUGUUCCUGGAUAA